UUUGAGUGCGCUAUCAACGUCAUUGAACACGUACGAAGUGCCCUCGUGUGUAGACUUUAACAACAGGCUGUCAGGGCAAGUGCUGUUUGCGAGCACCUAUGAAGGCCGACGACACGGGACAGGAGGGGGGUGUUUAGCCAGCACUGUUCCCGGCCGCCUUUGUCUCCCCAGUCGUGAUGUUUAUACACCGCACAAGUGAGCUGGCAACUGGUGGAUGAAUACACUUGCUGAAGGCCUAAAAACGGGAAUUCAGCUUGGUGCUGACCUUCACAUCAAGGCAUUGGCGGAUGGCACGCAAUUGACAUGUAAAUAAGCCCCAGAAUCGCUCGCAAUGUCCUGCUAUAGGACGGGCACGGGGAGAAUGGAGGCAAUGGAAGACGGUAUGGGGCUCACGGAGCUGGGCCCCGUCGGAGUGGGAGACCCCAGUACGGAGGGCACCUACGUGUGCCGCUUCUCCCCUCAUCUGGUGGAGGUGGCCAGGCAGGAGCUGCAGGAGAAGCCCGAAUGGCGCCUCCGGGACAUUCAGGCCUUGCGUGAUAUGCUCAAGGAACAUCCAGAGAUUCCGGCGCCCACCGAUGACGGGUUUCUGCUUCGUUUUCUCCGAGCUCGCAAGUUCGACUAUGACAAGGCCUUGCUUCUCAUCGACAACUACUAUAAGUGUCGGCGCGUUUGGCCGGACGUGUUCGUCAACUUCUACCCGUCGAGCGUGCGCCACGUCUUGGAAGCUGGCGUGGUGACGGCGCUGCCACAGCCAGACGCGCAGGGCCGGAGGAUCAUCGUCCUGCGGCCUGGUUUGUGGAACCCGGCGGUGGCGCCGGCCACGGACAUGCUGCGCGUGCUCUACAUGACCCUGGAGAUGCUGGUGCGCCAGGAGGAGACGCAGGUGUGCGGCCUGGUGGUGCUGGCCGACUAUGCCGGCCUGGGCCUGGCCCACGCCUCGCACCUGGGGCCCGCGUUCGCGCGCCGCGUCGCCACCGUGCUGCAGGAUGCGUUUCCCGUGAGGGUGAAAGCCGUCAACAUUUUCAAUGAACCGAUCAUCAUGAAAGCCAUCUUUGCCAUUGUGAAGCCCUUCUUGAAGGAAAAACUCCAGAAGAGGUACUACUUCCACGGCUCUGACCUGAGCUCGCUGCACAGGAGCCUGCCCCCGGGUGUCCUGCCCAACGAGUAUGGAGGGGCGGCUGGGCCCCUGGACGCCCAGCGCUGGGCUCUCACCCUGCUCGACUGGGAGCCGUUCUUCCUGCGCGAGUUUGGGGGGCCCGUGGCAAUUGCACCAACGCCGGCGCUCGGGACCGAUGGACAGCAGCUUCAGAUUGGGACAAGCAGGGCCGCUUCGCAAUACAGCGACGAGGCUGAGGAGGCUUCCGCCAAACUCUAAACAUGGCGUGCAGUUAAGCUUGGGGCGUCCCACUUAAUGCAUUAUAAUACGAAAGCAAGCAAAUGUUGUUUGGCACUGACAUUCGUGGCCUACCGCGGGGGCCAGUGGGUGACCUGGGAACUUAAUGUUGUGCCCGUGUUGGAGGAGCAAUAAGCCAGCAUCGUUGAGAUGGUAAAUCAUUGCAGCGAAAAUUAAAACUACUUUCCCAUGUGUGGCAAGCCAAUACCCUCAAUCGCCAAUUAGCACAAUCAUUCAACGCUCGUUUGCUCCACGUCUGACCAUCUCACAGUUACAUUUUUAGAUCUGGUUGUCAUAGACACUAUGAGAAAAUCAUUAGUAAUUGCACAGCGUUACCCCUUCCCAUUUAACAUCCUAAUUAACAACUAUUGUCUUUUUCAGCCAAUGGAAUCUUAUUGGCUGGGAGGAAUUUUAAAUAGUUUUAUAGUCCUAAGGUUGGAGUUGGAGAGUUUAUUUUAUCAGGUAAAUACUUGGAGCCACCAUGGGCUCGUUUACAAGGUGGACCUGGUCAAGAUUGCCAUAAAAGUUCGUGCCUGGUGUCGUGAGUCUUUGUAAGCAUAGAGAAAUAACUAUUGUCCAUAUGAUGACAUUUUUUACGUACGAAGCAGCAGUGAGCAACUGGCUUCAUAUUAUUUCUGGAACAUGUAAAAGCAGUUGUAUGACUACGGCUAUAUUCCUGAUGCACCAUUCUAUUGCUACAAUAUUAGCCAUGUAAAGCUUGCUGUGUUCAAGGGUGUAGGCAACAUUCUUAAUGUGGAACAUACACAUCAUUGUGGAUGCUGUGUUUUCAGUGUUACGAGUGGUUUAUGUGUGUAUAUAAUCUGUUCUUUUGUAAAUGUUGACAAGGUUUCUUGUACAUACGAUAAAACGGCACUAAAUUUAUUUGCAGCCUGCCAAUGUCAACCAGAGGUACGUGAAAUGCAGAGAAAGAUGCAAUAAUACAUUUCAUUUUUAAAAAAUGGCUUACAUUAAUUAUCUAGUUUGAAUUUCAAUUGCCUUAGCGGUAGCAUUCUAGGAUAAAUAACAAAAGUGAUGCAUUUAAGUUAAGUGUUAAUGGUCAUAACAGGUCCACAUAAUUGUUUACUCACUUAAAAUAUCUGCCUCGUAAGCAUUUGUUAACACUUGAGAUUCCAUUGCUCCGUAUCGCCAGGGUCUUAAUUAGCUCGAACCUGGACAAAAAUACAAAAUUACUUACCUUUGCAUCUGCAUAUUUACGGAUUUUUUUGCGGCUGUUGAUAAAACACAUUCCUGCGGAGGGAGCUGGUAGGAACGUUGGGUUGCUCGGUCAAUGGCCAGGGUCAACGGCGGCGUGGUGUAUUCCGCAAAUAUGCCGACUGAGGGCGGGCACAAGCCGGCGUGAGUAGGUUAAACGUUGAGUUUUAUAAGGGCACCACGGGGUGACCAGCCCUUCCCCACCCAGCCCCUCCCCACCCAGCCCCACCCUCCCCACCCAGCCCCUCCCCACCCAGCCCCUCCCCUCCCCACCCAGCCCCUCCCUGCACGACGGAUGGACACAAUAAUCCCCUGUGGGCUGGUGUAACCAGGAGGUUCCUACCAGUAAUACUUUAUUUUAUUUUACAAUAGCCCCAGUGUCCUGUAUAGUUAGACAUUUAUAUGGGAAAAUGUUGCUUCUUAAGUAUGCGUUUCAAUCGAGGAUCACCGUUAAAUCGACCAAAUAUGGUCAACGACUUGACUUGCACCUCACAUGAACAGUCUUAAGAAUGUAAGUUUUUUUUUUUUUACAGGAGCGGGCUAAGCAAUAUUGUUAAUUUGAAUUGAAUGGCAUUUCAAUGUUUACUCAUGUAUACACUCGCGCAUAUAUCCUGCUGUAUAAUGUUGUUCGAACUUAUGGCCAUAAUAUUUAAAAGCAAAUUAAUGCUUUUAAUCAGUUGAGUUCUCUAUAUUUCAACCAACUGGACAGGGAUAGCCUUGGAUGUGAAAGCCUUAGCUAUUUUACCAACGUGUAACAAAAUGUGUCAUUCUAAACAUCUGCCAUCCACUUCCAAAUAUAUUUAUCAGCUCAUUGGGCGGUGACGUGGCCCUGCGGUAGUGCGUUUCCCCGCUUGUGUCAUGAGGUUCAUGAUUUUACUCCAGGAACCACUCUGGUUGUUCCUGCGGUAUUAACCUUACAAAUACACACAGACCGCUUUCACGGUGCAUGUUAAAGAUUCUAAUACAAGUUAUUUUGGGUUAGAUCGCGUAAAUGUGUCGUUAAGCCACCACCACCCGACAGCCAAUUGGUAAGGUUUGUCACGUAAAGCCGCAACAUUUACAAUUUGUUAAUUAGGUGACAAACUUUACCAAUUGGCUGUGUCGGGUGGAGGUGGGUUAACGACACAUUUAUAUUUACGCGAUCUAACCCAAAGUAACUUUCAUGAAUAUUGGUCGUGAAAGGCUACAUGUUAAGUUAAAGAUCCUGUAACGUGAUUCGCAAGAGUAAGCCAUUAUGUGCCUGCGUCUUGGUCCAAAUUGUAAAAAAAUCACCGCAAAUUACACAUUUGGAAUAUACAUGAUCAUAGCCACCUACGAAAUGCUUGGCAGGGCCCUACUGAAAGUCAUGAGACUCGUUGAGGUCGUCCUGGCUAAACAAGCGUAAUAAUAAAAUUGGCCAACCAACCUGCAGAGGUGUUGGGUCUUGUAAAGUUUAUAUUGAUUUUAUCUGAGCACUAAAUUAUACAUUAAAAAAUAUUUUUUUCCACUUAAUUUCCCAUUGAUUCUGUCAAAUGUAAGUGACCUACACGCAUAGACACCCCUUAUUUUUGUUCUGCGAACAACAGCCCUUCAGAAAUUUCACUUCAAAUCCAAUUCUACGUGAAUCUGUUUACUAUCAACAUAUAAUUUGCUCUCCUUACCAUAGCUGAAAACAAAAAGAUCUCAUAAUCAACGUUUUUGGGUUUAGAUGGCGUUAUUUAUAAAUGUGUCGUAACCCUCCACCACCCGACACGGCCAAUCAGUAAAAAAGUGUCACAGUUGACAAAAGACAAUUAGUUCACUGCUUUAGCCCACCGGUGUGUUGAAGCGUGAAUCCACAACAAUUUACAAUUUGAGUACGACGUUUCGCUGGUAAUUGCAUCCAGCAUCAUCGGGCAAUUCGCCAGAAUGGUGAGGCUCUGCUGUGUCUCCCGUUCUUAUAUAGAGCAGCAGCAGGGUGACGUCAUCAUUAAAGAUCUCGUUCACUGGCCGUUUGAGCUGUUGGGAGGCAUGACUGUUUCCUUCACCAUCUCCUGGAAGUUGUAUCUUCAAACCAAAAUAGCCUCCAUCCUGUCCAGCGUUUGAUGACCGCUUGGACCAUGUGGUCUCCCUUAGACCCUAGCACUUACCGUGUUCCCUCCGUCAACGUAAUUUACAGUCAGUCGCCAUUCAUCCUGGUCACUUGUCCUAAAUUACCUUUCAUAAGACUUCGAGUAGACAUGUAUGAGUUAUAGUCUUGGUUCUUUCGGUAAAGUCACGUAGAAGGGAAACAAUAAAAUAAUAAACAUUGUUUCCCUUCUACGUGACUUUACCGAAAGAACCAAGAAUAUGAAUCCCUGCAGUCACGAAAGCCUUAAAUCUAAAUGUAUGAAUUACUUGUAAUUUACAUAAGCAUUAUCUCUUAUAUUUUAAUUACAUCACUGAACCAUGUCUACGGACUUUUAAGAAUGCUUGGCUUUCUACUUCAAGAUGAACCUAUCCACAGAUUUACGGCAUAGUAUAUCUUACGUGAUGUGUAGGCACAAAAAGGUCGUGAGAAAUAUCGUAAGUUUACCUAUAUUCUCUUUUUGCCAUAACGUUAAUUGUGGGUGUAGUAUAGUCAUACAUCAGUAGGACCGCUUUUAAGUGGUUACAUAUGAGAGCAGUAACUAUCGUGUGCAAUGCAAGCAUAGGUGAUGAAGUUCGCACCAUGUCACCUCAAAGUGGGACGCUCCAGAACAAGUCCCGAAACUGGAUGUCCUAGAUUAUUUUUUUUCUAAUGUAGCAACGACAGUACCAUAUUAUCUAGAUUAGCCAAACGUGUGGCUGGUGUCAAUAAAGUUAAACAAAUCCGAUCACUCGCGCACACCUUACCAGAUUAUAAAAUUUUCACUUUAAAAUAGAGGGGGGUGGAUGGGAGGAAGUGUGAAAGUCCAGAGAAUUGUGUGGUUAUAUUGCAACAUUAAAAUUGCUCCGCAACCACUCCAACCAAUGAUUAAUAUAUGUAAACUCUUAAGCAAAAUAACAUUUAUUUUUUUAGUCUCAACCUAUAGGAAUAUACAGUACUAUAUUGUGUAAACGAUGCAAAUAUUGUAUUUUAUGCAGUGCUAGUUGUGUAAAAAUGUUUUCAUUCCGAACUUGAGUGCACAAAACACCACUUUGGAUUGUGAAAAGUAACAAGCCAAUUGUUAAAGGUCGUCAAAAUGUUGUGCUGUUUAUCUUCAUUGUUUUAUGAAGUAAAUGAUGGAAAAGCACCCCCAGGUUAAGUUUCAUUUGCUCAUGCUGCAUUUCUAUGAAAAUAGACACAUUAAAUUACUAUACGAUGAAAACAGAAGCCUGUUUUGUGUUGGUGUACCUUGGGCAUGAAUGCGACUCC